AUGUGGAAAACGAAGAUUAAGGAACCAGAAGAGAUCGACGGAGGCGAAGAGGACGAACGCCGGGAUUUAUUCAUUUGGCCGGGAAGAGGAAAUUACUGGAAAGCGAUCCUCAAUUUUUGCGCAGACGCAUGCCGAUCGUUUUGUUGGGAUACGAAUAAACCAAAAUCGUGUGGCUGCACGGCGCCUUUUGUCCCUGAUAGUGUCGACUUGUUUGUAGGCCUUGCCAAAAGAUACCGAUUUGUGAAGAAUCCGCUGAAAAUUGCUUGCAAGAUGUGA